GCAGUCUCUGAGCAAAACAUAAAAACGGCACCGAAACUGUCAACUUCGCCUAUAAUAAACUAGGAGAUGAAUGUUUGCUGCUGCUGAGACGAAGAAAUGAAUCCUCAAACCGAUAAAGUGGUGAGAAGAACGACAAUGGUGGCGACUGCUGUUGCUUCCUACUUUCUCUUAACUGGCGAUUACGGUCCCGAACCCAACGUUCUUGAUCCCAUCAAAAGGAAGAUAUUAUCAGCACAAGAUUCUGUCAAGCAAUUCAUCUUUGGACCAAAGGGAGGGCCAUCUGGGAAAGAACAAUCUGACAAUGCUAAAUGAAACAUGUAGCUAGAAAUCUAUGUCAAUUAAUCAAUCUACUUUUGUGUGAUCAACAACAAAGGUUACUUUGACUUUUUUCCAAGUCUUAAUCUCUUCCAUACUAGU